CAACAAACGACCUUCCCUUUGCUGGAGUCUUCAUCCGCAACCUCCAUCACCGUCGUUUCGCAUCAACCAACACCUUUAUCUCCUGACUUUAGACCAUCGUAAUGGCCCGUACCAAGCAAACCGCUCGCAAGUCCACUGGAGGCAAGGCCCCUCGUAAGCAACUCGCAACCAAGGCUGCUAGGAAGACCGCUGCCGCCGCCGCCACCGGUGGUGUAAAGAAGCCCCAUCGUUUCCGCCCUGGUACUGUUGCCCUCCGUGAAAUCAGGAGGUACCAGAAGUCUACCGAGCUUUUGAUCAGGAAGCUCCCCUUCCAGAGGCUCGUUCGUGAAAUCGCGCAGGACUUCAAAACCGACUUGCGCUUCCAAUCCUCCGCUGUUAUGGCUCUUCAGGAGGCCGCCGAGGCCUACCUUGUGUCACUCUUCGAGGACACCAACUUGGCUGCUAUCCACGCUAAGCGUGUGACUAUCCAACCCAAAGACCUUGCCCUUGCUCGUCGUCUGAGAGGCGAGAGGUCUUAAAUUGCCACUCGACUGUUCCACCACUAUAUGUCUCCUUUACUUUGUCGUCUGUCUGCGAUUCCUAUAUGAUAGGCCCCUUGCGCGUAGUGUGUACGAUUGAAUGCCCCAAACCCUUGUCAGCCAUUCAUCUCCUUCAUUUUUGAUAUUAUGUAUUGGACUGGACGGGCUGCGUCCCGCAGUUUUCGGUAGAUAAGUAAAAUUGUUGUAAAGCAAUGUGUGAUGCAUGUCCUUCUACCGCAGUACUUGCGCUCACGCGAACAGCUUAGUGGCUUGGCGUCAAUUUCAGAAAUUAUUCAGCCCGCGCUACUUGAUGUACUAUCGUCAUUUCUCAUGCGAGAUUGCUUAUGAGUUGCG